CGCCUAGUCCAACGACCUCGUCCAUACGCAACAAACAAUGCAUCAAAAGAAAACACAAACAAAAUUAAUAUAUCAAAAUCUCCCCAAACCCAAAGAACAUUGCAAUCGAGACCCCUCUGUCUGCUCCCUCUCUCUUCACUUUCUCUCUUUUAUAUCCUUUUCUUUCUUCUCAGAAACCUUUUUCCAAACAUAUGGAAUGCAUAAGCAGUGCCAUCCACUGACUCAAAGCAAGCAAGACAGAGGCUUUUUUGACUGAUAUGAGAGAGUGAAUCAUCGACACAGACAAAUGGAGGGAGCAGAGUUGGAGCUAGAGAGGCGAAGCAAGUUCCUCAGCAGUUUAAUACAGAAGAAGAAGUCUGUAGAGCAACAAGACCACCAUGACCUCCUCAAUGUCCGAGUUAGGGCCUCUGACAUGCCCACCCCUUUGCAAAACCGCGCCUUUCGCUCUGCGAGGGACCACCUGGACUCCAUGCCGGGGAAACUCGACAGCAAACGACUCGCUCUUGCCCUUAAGAAGGAAUUUGACUCGUCAUAUGGUCCAGCUUGGCACUGCAUUGUGGGAACUAGCUUUGGUUCGUAUGUCACACAUUCCACUGGAGGGUUCUUGUAUUUUUCGAUCGACAAGGUUUACAUUCUUCUUUUCAAAACAGCAGUUGAGCCUUUGGACCAUUGAAAAUUUCCACCCAUUUUAGUUCUAUGCUUGUCGGCGUGACGUUUUUAUAAUUGUGCACUGUCAGUUUAUAUGUAAAAUUAUAGACUUCAAAAUAAUUACGAACAUCAGUGUACCCUCUUGUAGUUUUUCAUGCUGCGCUCAUGAGCUUUAUAUUCAAAGCAGAAAUGAGUGAUAUUUUCUUC